AAAGAUCCGGGCCGUCCCGUCCGGCCUCGCAUGCCGCGCCCCCCUCCUGGCUCCGGCUCCUUUACGCAAAGCUGCGGCCAUUACCGUGGACGCCAAUUAAGCUCCCCCACGCACACAAGUCCACGACUCAUAUACCACACGCCAGAGCUCCAUUAAAUUACACCAAGUUGAGCCAAUCUAAGCCAAAGCUAGCUUCCUCCCAAGAUCGAUCAACAAACCUUUGAUCAAGCCCAUGAGCGGCAGAUCAGGAGACCAGCAUCAGCUGCCGGUGGCCGCCAUGAGGAAGCAGCUGCAGCACGCCGGCGCCAUGAGCUUCCCCAGCAGGCUGUCGACCUCGAGCAAGGCACUGGUGCUGCUCCCCUUGCUUCUCCUCGGCUUCAUCUACCUCUUCGUCUACCCCAAGGAGUUCCAGCUGCAGUCGCUCAUGGCCUCCUGCGCCCAGCCCCCCGCCACCCUGAUGUCCUCUUCGCGCCUCGGGGACGAGACGACAACAAUGGCCACCGUGAAGCCGGACUUCCGGCUGCUCAUCGGCGUGCUGACCCGGGCCGACGUCUACGAGCGCCGGCACCUCCUGCGCAUGGUCUACAACCUCCAGCGGCUCUCCUCGCAGGCCCUCGCGGCGCAGGUGGACGUGCGCUUCGUCUUCUGCCGGCUCUACAAGGACGACCAGCGCGUCCUCGUGCCGCUCGAGAUCCUCCUCCAUGGCGACAUCAUCGUGCUCGACGCGUGCGAGGAGAACCUCAACGAGGGCAAGACGUACACCUACUUCUCCACGGUCGCGUCCCUCUACGCCGACGACCCCUACGACUACGUCAUGAAGGUGGAUGACGACAUCUUCGUCCGCCUCCCGGAGCUCCUGGCCUCCCUGGCCAAGAUGCCCCGGGAGGACGCGUACUACGGGGCCACCAUCCCGUGUGAGGAGAUGGACCCGCACAACGGGUACAUGUCCGGCAUGGGGUACGCCCUCUCGUGGGACCUCGUGCAGUGGGUGGCCACGUCCGACAUAGCAUGGAACCACACCGUGGGGCCCGAGGACAUGAUGACCGGGCAGUGGCUCAGGGAAGGGGGGAAGGGGAAGAACAGGUUCAAUGCCAAGCCGGCCAUGCAUGACUACCUGCUGCCCGUGCCUGUGGACAAGUGCGAGCACGAGCUCAUGCCGGAUAGCAUCGCCGUGCACCGCCUCAAGGACAACCCGCGUUGGGCACAAGUGCUCGGGUACUUCAACUUCACCGCCGCGCUCAAGCCCUCCAAGUUCUACAACAUGAAGUCCUAGGGCGACGCGCGCGCGCGCGUGUGUGUGUCGAUGCUCGUAAUUUUGGAGAGUUCUACGUUUCGAAAUGAUAUUUCUACUUUGUAUCUAUGGUCAUUGGUUUUGGAGAAAUUUGUAUUGAACAAUUUAAUUAAGCAUAUAUACGAAAGACCUGUGUGGACAAGCCGGGCAUUUUAAAGUCCCUUCUAAUUAGUCAUUGUCACAACAUAUUGAAAAAAGUGCACAGUAUAUUGAAAAAAACGAUUUUGUGUUAAGUUUUAAAAAAUUAGUUCACAUGUACCAUUGUACUACCAAGCUUCAAGCAUUGUACUGGUAGAAACAACUAAAGCAGAGGGAACAUAGUUUUUAAAAGCAGAAAUAUGGAAUAAAUACAGCGAACUUUGGGUAAAUCCGUCAAUAAACUUGAAUUGCAAUGAAGUUAGUUUCUUGUCUCCAGGGUUCAUUUGAUUUUAAAUAGAGCUUGGAAGUGCGCUGUGUCAAUUUAACCAGACUACCAGAGUCGCGGCCUGUGAGAAACGGCUUUUAGAAGUUCCCAGAUUCAAUCAAAUCUGAGAAAUUCCCAGCCACUGCUAAUAUGACAGACAGACGACGCCGCGGCUCUCAUGGAGAGCUGGAGAGAAGGAAAUCGCGGGCCAUGGCGGCGGCGGCGGCGGGGGUUGCCAACUGAUCAUACGCCCCCAGCAUCUGCGGCCUCUCCAAGUCCGACAUUCAGGUAUACCAUGCCAUUGCCAUUCCCCACUUCUUGGUGAGAGCCUAGGUAUGCCUGAAUGUCGGGCCGGAGAAGCAGCCCUAAUUGGGGUCUCUCGUCAAGUCGCUCACCAUAUUAUGGUGGAAGUUCAAAACCGAACAGAUCACCCAACUGAUUCGGUAGUUCAUAUAUACACGCAUACUGAUAUUACAUAUACUGUACCAUAUAUAGUUCAUACUUACAACAAA